AUGGCUAGCCCGCCAGUUCUAGCUUUCGAUGCCGAGGGCCGUCCAGUGAAGUUCGAAACCUGGCUAGAUGACCUGCACCUGUUCCUACAGCUCACUGCCAAGGAAGAUAUCUCACUUGCCCGCUACUCCUCGCCCGCUUCUGCCACGCUAGGCCGCCUCACUCUCCCCUACCUGUUCCCCGACCUAGCCUCCUUUCACACUGUCGCAGACCUCAUCACCCACCUUAAGACUAGUGAGGCCCGCUUUCGUGCUGCUAUGCCUGCCGAGUUUCUCACUAGCAACCCCCCCCCGCUCUGGAUCACUCUCUACCACAUCGUCACCCGCCUUCCUGACUCUCUACGCGCAGUCAGGGACCACUUCCUCUCUCGCUCCCCCACUGAGCUCACUGUUGCCCUCCUCGAGAAGGAACUGCUUGCAGCUGAGGCGAGCAUCGUCGCUGUAGGCACCUCUCGUGGCGACCCCCGCACCCCGUUCUUUGAGGGGUGUUCCCCUUCCCCCCUCCUCCCCUCUGUCGCCUCUGCUGCUGCUGUCGACCUCCUUGGUGCUGAGAAGGUCGGGACCGCGUCUGCUUCGAGUGGGCGCCGCAGGAACAAGGGGGGCAGGGGUGGGGGUGGGGGUGGCGGCGGAGGAGGUGGGGGUGGAGGCGGUGGGAGUGGAGGCGCGGCUGGGGAGACUAGUGGCGGCAGUGGGGGAGGAGACAGCAGCGGUGGGAGUGGUGGUGGAGGCGGCAGCGGAGGCGGAGGUGGUCGUGGCGGCGGCAGGGGUGGAGGUGGCCGGGGCGGCGGCGGUGGGGGUGGUGGUCGUGGAGGCACUGGCGGAGGGCAGAGUCAGCAGCCCGCCCCGACGCUUCAGGCCGCCCGUGAGUGGUAUGCGCAGCGUAGCUUUACCUGCACGUACGUCAUUCGCACAGGUGACCGCAGCGGCCAGCAGUGUGGGAGGCCGCACCCCACGCAGCGCUGCUUCGCGCGCCUUAACGACGCGUGGCGCACUCAGUUUCCUGCUGCCACUGAGCUGCCGCGCUGGGCUGAUCUGGAAAAGAGGGGUGUUGAUAUUUGGGCUUUAGACUUUGAUGCUAUUCUCACUGCCAUGUAUGCGAUGUCUAUUAGUGGAGAGGGUGCUCAGUACUUGCGUGUUCCGCCCGACCCGGGCAUUCAGGCCAGUCCGGCUGCCGCUCUAGGUGCUAGUGCGUCUCCUACCACAGGUCCUGGUGGGGCUGCAGCCCUAGGUGCUCGUGCGUCCGUGCCCCCUGGUACUGAGUCGACUGCAGCACUGCACACCUUCACCCUGGACUCAGGUAGUGCGCUCCAGGACAGGGGUGUUCACCAGUUCACCCCUGCCUACGAGCGCGUGACACACUGCACGUGUGCUCGGACGGGUCGCCACCUGGCUACCUUCACUCGGGAGCCGGGGUCGGACCUUUACACACUGACCACUGAGUCCCCUCAGGUAGCUGCGUCCGCGUCUGCGUCUGCGUCAGGUCAGCUGUCCGCCCCCUGCUCGUGUCGCUCUCUGGCGCAUGAGACUGUCCUUUGGCACCACCGCCUUGGUCACCCGUCUGUGCAGCGCCUUCGGACCAUGCACAAACGGGACCUUGUUGCUGGUCUUCCCAGGGUGCUCCCUCCCCUUCCAGCCUCGCCUGCUCCUCCCUGUCUUCCCUGUGUCGAGGGGCGGCAGCGCGCCGCUCCUCACUCCUCCUCCUUUCCCCCGACGACUGCUCCUUUGCAGACGCUCCAUAUGGACGUGUGGGGCCCAGCCCGCGUCCGUGGCCAGGGUCAGGAGAGGUACUUCCUGAUUGUUGUUGACGACUUCUCGCGCUACACCACGGUCUUCCCUUUGCGCACCAAGGGUGACGUCCCUGAUGUCUUGAUCCCUUGGAUCCGCAGAUCUCGUCUCCAGCUCAGUGAGCGUUUCCACUCCGACUUCCCUGUCCUGCGUCUGCACUCUGACAGAGGUGGAGAGUUUUCCUCUGGCCUCUUGGAGGCCUUCUGUCAGCAGGAGGGCAUUGAGCAGUCGUUCACGCUUCCGGCCUCUCCACAGCAGAAUGGGGUUGCUGAGCGCCGCAUUGGCUUGGUCAUGGAGGUCGCUCGUACCUCCUUGGUUCAUGCGGCUGCCCCCCACUUUCUGUGGCCGUUUGCAGUCCGAUACGCUGCGCAUCAGCUCAACCUCUGGCCCCGUGUCUCCUUGCCCGAGACUUCUCCGACACUGCGUUGGACGGGAGAGGCUGGCGAUGCGUCGCGUUUUCGGGUCUGGGGAUCCCGAGCUUUUGUCCGCGACACGUCCGCGGACAAGCUCUCCCGUCGCGCUGUCCCCUGCGUCUUCCUUGGCUUUGUCCCGGACGCCCCUGGUUGGCAGUUCUACCACCCCACCUCGCGGCGUGUCCUGGCCUCUCAGGACGUCACUUUUGACGAGUCCGUCCCCUUCUACCGCCUCUUCCCCUACCGCACUGCCCCGCUCCCCCCCCCGCCUCUCUUCCUCGCUCCAGGUGCUGAGGUACCAGACCCCCUCCCCCCUCAGGGUGCCGCUCCCUCAGGUGUGUCCCAGGUAGACCCGGGUGAGCCUGUCGAGGUAGCUGUUGACUCUCGUCCUGCGUCUAGGGGUGCUGAGCCUGGGGGUGCUGAGUCUGGGGGUGCUGAGCCUGGGGGUGCUGAGCCUGGGGGUGCUGCGUCUGGGGGUGCUGAGCCUGGGGGUGCUGCGUCUGGGGGUGCUGAGCCUGGGAGUGCUGAUAUGCUAAGUCUGGGGGUGCGGAGCCUGGGGGUGCUGAGCAAGGAGCGUGCUACACCUGGAGGAGCCCUCUCCUCCCAGCAGCUGCAGGAGAGGUACCUCGAGUACUGCCGCCUCCGGAGAGGUGCUGCUGGAGCUCGUCCCGGUACUUCCCCUCCUACCCAGGAGCUCCCCCCCAUUCAGCAGAUCCGCGAGUGGUACACACGGCGCUGCAGUCUUCGGAGUGGUGCUCCUGGUGCUGCGGACCCUGGGGGUGGCGCUGCUGCUGGUGCUGAGGACCCGGACGUGGGAGCUGCUGCUGGUGCUGCGGACCCGCCUGGUGGAGCUACUGCUGGUGCUGAGGACCCGGACGGUGGAGCUGCUGCUGGUACUGAGGACUCGGACGGUGGAGCUGCUGCUGGAGCUGAGGACCCGAGCGGUGGCGCUGCUGCUGCUGCUGAGGACCCGGGCGUUGGAGCUACUACUGGUGCUGCGGACCCGGCCGGUGGAGCUGCUGCUGGUGCUGUGGACCCGGCCGCUGGAGUCUCCUCUGCUUCUGGAGACGCUGCGCGGCCGCGACCGUACUUCUCACAGUUACCGCCUACCUCGCCUCUCCCUGCUCCCUCUCCUUACACUGGUCCCACAGGAGGUCUUACAGAGCGUCGUGAGCCUGAGUCUCGUCCUGCGUCGCCUGUUCGUCCUGCUCGCACUGGUAGUCGUGUCCGUCGUGAGCGUCCUCCUCCUGUCCCAGGCACUCACUACAUGACUCUGCGUCCCUCUACUGCUCCUCAGCAUGUCCCUCUACCGUCUCCUCCUGCGUCCUCUUUGCCUCACGUUCCGGACCCUGAGUCUGACCGGUACCGUGCUGAGCACCCUACUGUCACGCGUCUCCUCGCUACUGUUGUCACUGACCCUACCUUUGAGUCCUCGACUGCGUCUGCUCUGGUCGCUGAGUUGGUUGACUUUGCUGCUGCCUGUCGUCUAGACUACGCUGCUAGCCUUGUUGCUGAGUCUGAGUCUGAGUCUGUCUGUCCUCUGUCCGUCGGGGGUGAGUGUGCUCUUGGCACGGACGUCCUUGAGGACAGACAGGAGGAGUUCCAGUGUCUUGCUGCUGCUUUGCCCCGUCUCGUGUCCUUGCUAGUUGCCCCUGAGGGAGACCCGGAUGCACCAGACAUCCCGACCCCGCGCACUUACGCUGAGGCGAUGGCAGGUCCCUACUCCUCUCAGUGGCAGACAGCCAUGGACGCCGAGAUGGCUUCCUGGAAGUCCACACGCACCUACGUCGACGAGGUUCCCCCUCCUGGGGCGAACAUCGUCAGUGGCAUGUGGAUUUUCAGGGUGAAGCGGCCGCCGGGUUCUCCGCCUGUCUUCAAGGCGCGUUACGUGGCUCGAGGCUUCAGUCAGCGAGAGGGAGUUGACUUCUUCCAGACCUUCUCCCCCACCCCGAAGAUGACUACUCUUCGGGUGCUGCUGCACAUAGCCGCUCACCGCGACUACGAGCUUCACUCACUUGACUUCAGCACUGCUUUCUUGCAGGGCAGCCUGCACGAGGAGAUCUGGCUGCGCCGCCCACCUGGCUUCACUGGGUCGUUUCCUCCUGGUACCCAGUGGAGGCUUCAGCGGCCGGUCUACGGUCUCCGCCAGGCUCCGCGUGAGUGGCACGACACACUGAGGACUACACUUGCGGCUCUUGGGUUCGCGCCUUCUACAGCUGACCCGUCGCUGUUCCUGCGCACCGACACUUCGCUGCCGCCGUUCUACAUCCUCGUGUACGUCGACGACUUGGUCUUUGCCACUGCUGACACUGCAGGACUCGCCUACGUGAAGUCGGAGCUGCAGAGGAGACACACGUGCACAGACCUGGAGCCGAGUGGCCCGUAUCCAGAGCUUGUGGGCUGCCUCAUGUACCUGAUGACCUGCACUCGACCUGACCUUGCAUACCCUCUUAGCAUCCUUGCACGCUAUGUCGCUCCUGGCCGUCACAGGAAGGAGCACAUGGAUGCCGCUAAGAGGGUGUUGCGCUACUUGUGCAGUACGUCGGGCAUGGGGCUUGUGCUUGGAGGGCGAGACCGAGUUGUUCUCACAGGGCACUCAGACGCUUCUUGGGCAGACGACCAGGCCACUCAGCGGUCGUCUCAGGGUUACACCUUCAGCCUUGGCUCUGGCUCAGUUUCUUGGCGCUCUACACGCUCUUCUUCUGUUCUCGGCUCCAGUUGCGAGGCUGAGAUCUACGCUACAGCCAUGGCUGCCCAGGAGCUACGCUGGCUGACCUACCUGCUGACCGACCUCGGAGAGCCGCCUCGUUCUCCUCCAGUACUGUACGUCGACAACAAGGCUGCCAUUGCCUUGUGUGAGGAGCACAGACUGGAGCACAGAACGAAGCACAUCGCCCUGCGGUACUUCCUUGCUCGUGAGCUGCAGCAGCGCGGUCAGCUUUGUAUUCGCUACGUGGCCACUGAGGCCAACACUGCUGAUGUGUUCACCAAGGCGCUUCAGCCUCGUGACCAUCAGCGCUUCUGCACUCUACUGGGCCUUGUGCCUACUGGACCUCACUUACUUACCUCUUGA